ACAACAGUCCCGUCCUGUGCCUAGAGGACAGACGCUGCUGUCUGCUCGUACUGAGAGUGAAAGGGGGGGAGGAUUGACUUUUACCUGCUGAAGAAGCCGCAACUCAGCCCCCCCACCUCCCCUCUUCUUUGCUCUUCCCUUCAAACCCAGCCUGCGUGGAGCCGCAGAGGACUGUCAGCCUGUACAGACGAAGCACACGAUCAGAGCGCUGGCAGAGCAACUGUGCCUACAGCUCUGCUACCUGCUCCACCACCUUGUAUUACUCUCCCUCACACAUGCACACCAAAAUGCACUCACGGGCACACAUUCAGGGAACUUUCUCUCGCGAGCACACACUUACACGCUGAACGAGCAAGGAGCCUGCCAGGCAAGCACACCCCCUCCCAUUAUCUGUGUGGGGAGUAGAUCUGCUCAUAUUGGUGUGAGAAGCGAGGGGUUGUAUUUCGUUUCUCAGCGGCAGCAGCAGCAGCAACAGCAGCAGCAGCAGGACGGGACCAGAGGAGAGAGCAGUCAUCACCAGAGAACACACACCAGCUUCUACAACUGAAGCGUGUGCCAGUGGGACAGCCAUGGAGGACACCCUCACCUGCAGCCAUGCCACCUUCUCCCAGGUGUUUGGACGCCAGGGACAGCUCAUGCAAGCCACCGUCCAGUCUCUGAACAGCUUGAACGACCAGAUUGCUCAGUUCAUGGUGACCAGACCUUGUAGUCUGGCUGAUGAGGACGAGGCCUUCAUCCCAGGAGAGAGGGACACCUUGAGGAAGUCCAUGACCCUAAUGAGACAUCUGCUUGUGGAUGCUCAGGGGAAAAUCCUUAAAAUGAUGGAAGACAACAAACAUCUGGCACAGAGGAUUGAUGGGGCCAUCCAGUCUGCCAGUCAGGAAGUGACCAACCUCCGCUCCGAGCUCUCUGCCACCAGCCGCAGACUGGCAGAACUGGGUGCCAGCAGUCCCCCUGCCUUGGAGAACCACCACCAGCACAAUCACCAUGAUGACAGCCUCCACUACCGGGAUCCAUCGGUGCAUCACAGACAGAAGACAGUGGUGACGGACAUGUGUUACCCAACAGAGAUAUCCAGCCUGAUGGACUUUGGCACCCAAGACUGCUCGCUAGGAAAAGUGUUGUUGCGUGAGGAGGUUGCCCAGCUUCAAGAGGAGGUCCACCUGCUCAGGCAGAUGAAGGACAUGUUGAGUAAAGACCUGGAGGAGACCCAGGGAGGCUGCUCUGCCAAUCUGCUCUCAGCCACCGAGCUCCGUGUGCAGCUAGGUGACAAAGAGCAGGAGCUGGACCGAGCCAAGGAGGCCUUACAAGCUAUGAAAGCAGACCGUAAGCGUCUAAAAGUGGAGAAGGCAGACUUGGUGAGUCAGAUGCAGCAGCUGUACACAACACUGGAGAGCAGAGAAGAGCAACUGCGAGAAUUCAUACGCAACUACGACCAACACCGAAAGGAGAGUGAGGAUGCAGUGAAAGCCCUGGCAAAGGAGAAGGACAUGCUGGAGAGAGAGAAGUGGGACCUGAGGAGGCAGACCAAAGAAGCCACAGAACAGGCCAACAUCCUGCGUUCUCAGAUGGACAUGAAGGAGAACAGAGUCAAAGAGUUGGAGGCCGAACUCACCAUGGCAAAGCAGUCCUUGGCCACCCUGACAAAAGACGUACCCAAGCGCCACUCAUUGGCCAUGCCUACAGAGCCCGUGGUGAACGGGAGUCAGGAAUGGGUGAUGCAGGCCGACCUGCCGCUCACUGCCGCCAUCCGUCAGAGCCAACAGACCCUCUACCACGGACACACCACAGACAGACAGGCUGUGGUCAGGAUCAGCCCCUGCCACUCUCGACAGCCCUCUGUCAUCUCUGACGCCUCUGCGGCCGACGGGGACCGCUCAUCCACGCCCAGUGACAUCAACUCACCUCGUCACCGGACCCACUCCCUCUGCAAUUCCAUGGAGGACCUGGAGGACCAGAAGCGUAAGAAGAAGAAGGAGAAGAUGACUCUGGGAUCCCUGUCACGGGUGUUCGCUCGGGGCAAGCAGCGCAAGUCACUGGACCCCGGCCUGUUUGAUGACUCUGACAGCCUCACACAGCAGAGCCUGUCUGAUGGAGAGGAGCAGCUGGACCGCCUCCAGCAGGCAGAGCUCACUCGAAACACAUGCAUGUCACUGUGGAGGGCAGGUGCAGUCCAGGCCUGGCUGGAGGUUGUCAUGGGAAUGCCCAUGUACAUCCGAGCCUGCUCUGAAAACGUCAAAAGUGGCAAGGUGCUUCUAGGCCUGACAGAUGAGGAUCUAGAACUGGGGCUGGGUAUCACUAACCCCAUUCAUCGCAGGAAACUAAGACUGGCCAUUGAGGAUUACAGGAAAGCUGAAGGGGACCAAGGACUAUCAAAAGCAUCUGAGAUGGACCAUCACUGGGUUGCAACAUCAUGGCUGAGUGAUGUGGGGUUGUCGCAAUAUUCCCAGACCUUUCAGACUCAUUUAGUGGACGGGCGAGUGUUGAACUCUCUGAGCCGCAGAGACCUGGAGAGAUUCCUUAACAUCAGCGACCAGUACCACCAGACCAGUCUACUCCUGGCAAUCCAGCUCCUGCAGAUGCUCAGUUUUGAUAAAGAGGCCCUGCAGGCACGGCGGACAAAAUGUGAGCACCAAGAUCGGGACCCCAUUGUUUGGACAUGUCACAGAGUAAUGAAGUGGAUCAGAGACAUAGACCUCAAGGAGUUUGCAGACAAUCUUCAGGGUAAAGGGAUUCAUGGAGCGCUGAUGGCUCUGGACCCGUCCUUCAACACAGAUGCCAUGGCCAAAGCCCUCGGGAUCCCCAGCAACAAACACAUGCUGCAUCGGCACCUAUAUGAAGAGAUGAAAUCACUUUCCCUCCCUCACAGCAGUGCAGAACAGAACAAUGAGCCUAUUGGUUCCUCUUCACCUGUGGCUGUUAACCGCUUUGCUGAAGAGCGGGUGUCUGUGAGAAGAUCAGCUAAGAGUCCGCUGAGGUUACGAGCAAACAGCCACUCUGUGGAGCGAAGUCUGGGCUUCCACGGCAGCUGUGGCUCUUUGCCCAGAGAGGCCAGAGUUCAAGCCAUUCCUCGGGCCAAAGGCAGCCCGAUGCACACCUUCAAGAGUGUUGAAAUCACCAACGUCUGAAGCAGCCGCAGCCAUCGACAUCGCUCACGUUGUUUACUAUUGUUUACACUGUUAUUGUAUUACAAUUGUUUACUACUGAGACUGACCUACAAAGGGAUGUACCAUUUACUUUUAUCAUUUGAACUAUUUUGGCUAUUAUAAGACUAACACAUAGUCAGAACAGAGACCUAAUGGAGCUGUUGUAAAUAUAAUUAUAAAAGUCAAUUUUGUUUUCUCCAAAUGAGUUUUGUAUUAUGAGUUUAUAGAAGGCUCAAGAAUAACCUACAAACAUAAGUGAAGAGAGUUGUUUUCCUUUGAUGCCUUAUGUGAAACAGGUCUCACAGCAUUGUUGUUUACUGGUCUGCUCUUUCAACUAUUUCUUAACGUGUUUUAACGCGUGUUGACGUGUUUUCGUUGCACAUGUAAGUAUAUGGAUAAUUACGCUUGAGCUGCUGGGACACAAAAAAGUCAUCAUAACAUGCUUUCACUGUAGAUACAUAUCCACUGUCAAUGAGCUAUGACGUCAGCAGCUCUACAUACACGAGUUAGAUGUUGUUUCUGGCUCACAUCAGUUCCUCCACCUCCUCUGACCUUCUCAUGGUCCGUGCACGUUUGUCAUCACAGUCAUUAUUAUGAUUAUUAUUGCUGUAAUAGAUAACAGACCUUAGUUUAAAACAUGAAAAUAUACAAAAUGUGGACACAUGACAGAGGUAACUUGUCAAAAAAAAAAAUCGCCAAGAGUCCACUCUUGCACACAAGACAAUCUUUAACAAGCAGUCUGUACUUUUAAAAACUGGUAAAAAUACAUCUAUUAUUUUACUGACAAAAAAAAACAUUGUAUGAAGGUGACAUGUAGAUAAAACAUACAGCUGAAUGUUGGUUUUUGAAAGUGUGUAAAAUUCAAGCAAAUCGCCUCGACAUGUUUAUACUGUAUAAGCACUGAAACAACGGCAAUACUGUUACUUAUAUUAUGAACUCAAUGGAGAGAAUGUAAGGGCACAUUUUGUACAGUUUAAACAUCUUUUAUAACACAUGGUUGUACACAGUUUGCUGUUUCUGAGCAUGAAAAAAACAGAUAUGAAAUGUCACAGGGCCUCACUGUGUGCUAGUAGAAAACAGGUUUGUCAACCACUUUCUCGGGGCGUCUCCUCCAAGUCAACGAAUGCAGAGUUGUUUGAGCGGGAAGAUUGGACCAGUUCAAACCUGUAUAGAAAGAGAAAGGAAGGACUCAAAUGGUGUUUGUGUUAAUAUGACAUUCACUGUCUCUCUCGUCACCCAACUGUCACAGCUUUUCAUGUAUGCCAACAAUAAAAGUGAU